CGCAUGGAUUGGGAUUUAUUGACAUUCCAAGUAAAGAACACAAACCAAGACAUUCUGCGCUAUCUGUCAUAUAUUGACCAAAGAUCUGGAUACAGCCUACGAUUGAAUACGACACAUUUGGUUGUUCGCUGUAUAGGCCACUUUUAGUUUGGUUAUGUUUUUACCACUACGGUCGUGAUUGCAGUAGGCUAGUAUUGACACCCUCAGUGGACGGACGCGCCUGAUCAUCAUCCGUCGGCGGAAUUGUUCGCUGACAGAUGGAGGACGACAGAUGGGAUCCUCGGGAUGUGCAACAAGGCAGCGAGGGAUAUCAUGGAAAAUAGGGCAUUCCACACCAAAGGGGAAUACCCCACACACAUUCGAAUUAAUUGAGGUCAUGGGCAUGGCGGGUCGGAUAACAUAUCUCUCCGGUUGGUAAAUCACACUCGGUCGUCAUCUGCGUAGCCGGCUGCGAUUUAUCUGGUGAGAAACUUUCAUUGCGAGCCAGCUUUCGCUGAGUUAUCUCCGUCUAUAGCCUAGCCUAUCCACCGGGGUGUUCAAAAAUCAUGGUCGAUAAUCGCUACGCCACAGCUCUUGUGAUCGCCUGCGUCCUGAGCAUCAUUGCAACGGUGUACCUAUCCGUGGCCGUGGGAACGCAGCACUGGUACCAGUAUAUCAGCCCGCCUGUUUACGGCGAGGCUAAUGCCUCAGAGCUUCGCGCUCUCCAGGAAGAAUUCAUUGAUGGCGAAUUCGAUGAAAAGACAUACAGCGACUCUCUCUUCCGCCUCAACGGGACAGUGGGUUUGUGGUGGCGCUGCUUGCAAGUGCCUACAGAAACCCAUUGGUACAAAGAACCAGACCCUAAAAUGGUGAUGGAGUGUGUCAGUUUCACUCUGGCACAACAGUUCACACCCAAGUACAAGGAGCCAGGGAAUCACAACAGUGGAGAGGACAUGAUACGGACCUACUUAUGGAGGUGUCAGUUCCUGCUUCCACUGGUGUCAUUGGGGCUGGUGGUGCUGGCAGGCAUAAUAGGCUUUUGUGCAUGUUUAUGUCACAGUCUUGCCCCCACACUUGGGAUUGGGGUGCUCCAUCUAUUGGCUGCCUUGUGCACCCUGGCCACGGUCUGCUGCUACCUGGCCGGCAUGGACCUGCUGCAUCGAGUGUCAGUGCUGCCCGACCGCGUGGACGCCUCCCUGGGCUGGUCGCUCUACCUGGCGCUCAUCUCCUCUCCGCUGCACAUGAUGGCCGCCGCCCUGCUUGUGUGGGCGGCACGCAGCCACAGCCAGAACUACUACCGCAUGACCGCGUACAGAGUAGCAUAAAAACACACAAACACUCCACCCACGCUUCACCCCCUUAGGGCUUCUACACACCUGACGCACCCGACCGGUAGUGCGACAACGUGACUCUUGCUGGCGCGCCAGGAUUGAAGCCAGGUAGCGUGAGGUAGCGCACCUCUCAUUUUUUUUCAGACGAGCGCGACAAGGCGGAAACAGGAAGAUGGACUAGUUCGAGGGCAAGCGAGAGUUGCAGUGUUUUGUUACAGUCGUGAAUUUUUAAUAGUUUGUUGGAUAA